AUGGCCCGUCACCAGUACCCAAUCGAUGGUCCCGCCGAUCAUCCCGUUGCAGACAAACGCGAACAGACCGGUCUUCUCACACGCUUCGUACCCGACAGAUUGAAGACGACGGCAUUGUACCGCUGGAUCUUACGCUUCACCCGCCUCCUGCAGUUCAUCUCGUCCGUCGUUUCUCUUGGCAUCUUCAGCCAGCGCCUGUACAAGGUCUACCGCCUGGUUAACAGCAUCAAAACCCGACGCGGCGUCAACGGCGCAUACGGUGCUGUCGAAGGCAUCCUAGCCGCCGCUGUGCUCUAUACGCUCAUCACCGUUCUUCUCUCAUGCAUCAAGAAGUCUGCCAACCCCGGAGGAAGGAAGCUACGCUGGUUAUGGGUUCUCCUUGAUCUAUUGUUUGUCGGAGCGUUCAUUGCAGUCGCAGUGCUGACUCGGCCAAAUGGCGGCCGCGCUGGCCCCAGGCACUGCUAUAACCCUAGGCGACCAGUCGGCGGUGAUGGCUCGAACACCACCACUGGUGAGACGGCGAAUAGACGCGAUGAUUCUUGCAAUCUACCUUGGGGCACGUUCAUCCUGGCUAUCAUUAGCACGCUCCUUCACGCACUUACUGCCGCGUUCCACGAGAUCAAGGACUACCGUCGUAGUAACAGGCUUGACCACGAGAAGAACCUCCAGAAUCAGUACGCCGCUGGACAGCCUGGUGCGCCUGCUGGUGCGCCCGCCGACUCGCAUACUGCUCGUUAUUAA